AUGUUCUUCAGGGGAAGAAUCUGGCUUUGCUUAUCCAUCAGAACAGGUAUCAUUCUAGGAAGUGAGCUAAAUAUCCCAGAGCGACAUGGUAAAAAUAACUGUUAUCAGCUUAACAGGUUUCACUGCAGCUACGAGGAAGCAGAAGAUUACUCUCGUGUCCAGGGAGGACACCUUGCUUAUGCUUGAAACCUGGGGGUCCGGGAUCUUCUCUGGGACUCUCUGGAAGAAGGGAGUAAGUGCUGGAUUGGGCAAAAUCUAAAGCAGCUGGGAAAACGUCAAGAAAAAAACAACCCAGGUGUCGUGCCCCCCUGGCCCCCAGAGCCCCCCAGCUGCACUUACAUGUCCCAAAACUCCAACUGGAUCUCAUCAAAAGUGGACUUGUGCUCCCCGGGGCAUUCUUUCAUUUGCCAGGCUGCUACUCAUCCUGCAACCUCCUGUCACCACACUGCUCACGCUGAUCUUUCCAAGACCCUUUGUCUUCCCCUCAGCCCAUUUCCUUCUGCCCGGCAGGUCCUGGCAGUGACCUCGGCGCCUGCCAGCCAGCAUCUUCCUAGUACCCCAGCACUCACCGGGCCUGUGCCUGAAACACGGUCUGUGCAAGCUCUGGUAGAGGUGACCUCAAGCCCCAGAGAGGAUUCCCAGGUGGAGGUCUUCACCAUUCACCUACGAACAUCACUUCAGGAUGCAUCCGAUCAGGUCGUAGACGAGAUAGCAGGGAACUUGAGCAAACCGAUUCACGGUUUGCAAACUCACAGCAAACUACAGACAGCUUGUGAGAUGAUCCAGAAAUGGACAGCCUUUAUCCCAGGAUUUUCUGAGUCAGCUCAGGUAAGUGUCCUCAGUCCCCUUGUUGACCUGAAUGAGCAGUUACCUGAGAAGGCACUUAAGAUCAACAGCAGUCUGAGCUUCAAAAACCCCAUGACCGUCUGCUUCGUUUACUCCCUCGACAGUGUCAUGGAAGCUGGUGAAGCCAGUCUGCAAAGAUCCAAGCAUGACAUUGAGCAGGUAGAAUAUAUGCUGGAAACGGCCUUGCUGGCCCUUGGGAAGAUCCAGGAAGCAUUUCUACAGCAGAACCAGUUUUCUGGGUCUUUAGUGACUUUGACCUCUUCGGUUGCUACUCUGAUGCUGAGCAGCCAAAACAUGUCAACCUGGCCUCUGAGCUCCUACACCCUCUGGUCCUCAGCACCUGUGAGGUUAGGCUUUCCAUCAGCCUCAGCUUUGCAAGAGCUCUUGAACAGACACCCUGGAGUUAAUGUCCAAGUAACAGGACUAGUUUUCAAUCCCUUCAGGGAUUUUGAUGACAAGAACAUUGUUGGAAACAUCAGAAGUGUGUUCCUAAGCUCUAAUCAUAAAUUGUUCCAAGUUGAUGAUUUAAUGGAAGAUAUUGAGAUCAUACUGUGGAGAAAUGUUAGCAUGGAAAUCCAUCCUACCAGCCUCAACGUGAGCUUGGAUCAUUUUAUUGUCAUAGUGAACAUCACUUCCCUGGAGAGAUCCCUGAUCGUGUGCAUACAACCUGAAAGUCUUUUAAUGACACUCUAUCUGGGGUUCCAGUAUCAGCCUAACCACACCCACUUCAACCUGAACAUCACCGUGCCAAAGAAUCAGGUGUGGCAAAAAGAUGAGGAAUAUACAUGGGUGCUGACUCCAGAGAGUCUGCAGUAUGGGACCGGCACCUACCACCUAACAGCCGCGUUGAACAAGAGCCAGGAGAGUGCCCAGCAGAUGCCCACCCUGUUCUCGGUGGUGACAGCCGUCACGCAGUGUUAUUUCUGGGACAGCCACAACAGCACGUGGAAGAGCGGUGGAUGCCACGUUGGGCCACAGAGCACAGUUUUGAGGACACAGUGUCUCUGUAACCACCUGGCCUACUUUGGCAGCGACUUCUUCAUUGUGCCCCGGACGGUGAAUAUUAAAGACACGAUCAAGCUGUUCUUUUGCGUGACCAACAACCCUGUUGGGGUGUCUUUGCUGGCCAGCCUUUUAGAAUUCUAUAUACUCACGUGUGUGUAGGCUUGGAGAAAGGAUGAAGCGGACAUACAGAGGGUGAAAGUCACUGUCCUGGCCGAUAAUGACCCCAGCUCUCAGUUUCACUACCUUACUCAGGUCUCUGCUGGCUAUCGAAGGCCACCACAACAGCUAAGGUUCGUGGUUAUCACCCUUUAUGGAUCAGAGGGAUGGAGUGAGCCCCAUCACCUUUGUGACCCCCAAAAGACAGUCUUUGAGCGAGAGGGACUGGACGUCUUCCUCCUCAGCACCCAGUCCUCCCUGGGGGAGCUGCAUGGCCUGCGGCUCUGGCACAACUCGGGGGCCAGCCCUUCCUGGUAUGUAAACCAGGUCAUUGUCAGUGACAUGGCAGGUAAAAGGAAAUGGUACUUCGUAUGCAGUUGUUGGCUGGCCAUGGACCUCGGAGAACACGAGCAUGACCGGGUCUUCGUGCCAGUCUCAAAGAAAGAACUCUUUUCCUUUAGACACCUGUUCUCCUCCAUCAUUGUAGAAAAGCUCACCCAGGAUCAUCUGUGGCUCUUAGUGCUAACUCGGCAUCCCUGGAACCAGUUUACAAGAGUCCAGAGGCUUACUUGCUGCAUGACAUUGUUUCUGUGCACCAUGGUCGUCAACCUUAUGUUCUGGAGGAGGAGCAGCAGCACCAGGGCCAAGAGAGAUGAGCAAGUGGGUCCGUUUCCUGUGACCUGGUAACUGAUCAUCAGCGUCCAAACUGCUGUCACUCUCUUCCCCGUCAAUCUUGUAAUUGGCCGCCUCUCCCUGCUGUUGCAGCCACAGGAGCCCCCGCCUCUCUUUCCUCCCAGCCAAGCCUCCUGCCCCUCAGAUGCUACUUCUGAGCCUCUGUCUCUCACAAAGGUGGCUGAGGAACUAAAGGAAACUGUGGGAUUCCUGCUCAGGAGAAACACAUACCUGCUCUCAGAGUGGGAACAAUCUUUAUGGGUGUCUCACAGCAUUGCCAAGAUGGCACAGCUUUUAGCCAGCCUCAUCUGCCUCAUCUGUUCUCAGUUGGAGAGUCCUGGCUCUCAUCAGCAGGCAGGACCCCAUCAGGCAAAUGUGGUUCCUGAAAGCCAGCAUCACCUCUGCUGUUACCUGCUCGGAGUUCUGCAGUGGCUGCAAUCGCACUUACAUGCCCUGGGUCCCACCCAGGCCGACCAGCCUUGUGACAUCCUCGAUGCCACCAACCGACUGCAAAAACUCCAGGAGCUCUUGGAAACACAUAUUCUUCCCACAGAGCAGGGGCCCUCCCAGGAGGCCACCAGUUUCCCCAUCCUGAGCCCAGAGGAAGGGAAGAAGCCCAUCGCUCAUGGCCUGCCCAGAGGGUUGACUUACAUCUGCUGGCUCUUUCUGGGUGUCACUAGCCUGGCUGCAGCCUUUUCUGCACUUUAUAGCCUGGAACUGAUGAAAGAGCAAGCCACCAGCUGGGUUACAUCGGUGAUAUUAUCAGUGCUUCACAACCUCUUCAUCAGCCAGCCAGUCAAGGCGAUCUUCCUCAUGCUGUUCAUCUCCCUGAUGCCGAACCGGCUGCCGCGGCUUACCAAAGAGAAGAAACAACAAACAAGGAGGAUCUUGGCACUCUUGGCAAAAUGUCUACCAGUACCUGGUUCAAGAGAUAAGAACAACCCCCUCUAUGAAGCUCCAGCUAUCAACAGUCCAAUUAAGCGCCCAGAAAGAACCUUGAAAGAGAAGAGGCUUUUCAAGCUGACAGAUAUUUUGGUACAAAUCUUCUUCCUUAUCUUGUUGAUGACUACAGUCUACUCAGCACAGAACUCGAAUGGGUUUUACCUCCAUCAGGCUAUCCAGAAGAGUUUCUCCCACCGUUUCUCAGAGAUCAGACUUCUGAAGCAUUUCUACCCGUGGGCCAGUCGCACCCUCCUUCCUAACCUUUAUGGGGAUUACAGAGGUAUGGACACAGUCCUAGGCCCCAGCUUCUUGGAUGCUUCUUGGUCAGUGGUUCAUGGUGCGUUCUUCCCCUCGCUGAGGCUAACACUUCAGGCAUCAAAGAAGGACUUUACUUGGUCUGUCAUCUCACAAGUCAUCUAUUACCUACUAGUCUGUUACGAUGCGUUUGUACAGGGUCAUCGGCUGAAACAGCAGAGGUGGAGGUUCUUCACUAGGAAAAGAAACAUUGUGGACACGAGCAUAAUCCUCAUUAGCUUUGUCCUCCUGGGUCUUGACAUGAAGCUUACUUCUCUGCAUAAGAAAAACAUGGCACAAUACCACUAUGACCGGGACAGGUUCAUCAGCUUCUAUGAGGCAAUAAAAGUAAACUCAGCAGUCAUUCACCUCAUGGCCUUCCUGGUUCUGUCCGCAACUGUUCAGCUGUGGGACCUGCUGCACCAUAACUCCAGGCUGCAGGUCAUCGGUAGAACACUCAGCAAAGCCUGGGAUGAGGUGGUGGGCUUCUUGCUGGUCAUCCUGAUCCUGCUCACAGGCUAUGCCAUUGCUUUUAACCUGCUGUUCGGCUGGAGCGUCUCUCACUACCGGACUUUCUUCAGCUCAGCAGUGACUGUUGGUCUCCUAAUGGGAAUCUCUCAUCAUGAGGAGGUUAUUGAUUUAGACCCAAUCCUGGGAUCCUUUCUGAUUCUCACCAGGGUCUUGAUGGUACUUGUGAUCAUUAACCUUUUUGUUUCCAUCAUUCUCAUGUACUUUGGUAAAGAAAGAAUGUGCCUUAAGGUAGAAGAUGCACUGACAGAUAUGGUGCUACAGAAGCUCUCCAGUUUGCUAGGAAUCCAGUGGCACCAGAACACUGAGCAAACAGCCAUGAUAGCAGUGGGCAGUAACACUAAGGCUUUAAAAGAUGAGCUAUUUUGGGGCACCUGGGUGAUUCAGUCGGUUAAGUGUCUCAAGUCAUGAUCCCAGGGUCCUGGGAUCAAGCCCCAUGUUGGGCUCCCUGCUUCUCCCUCUGUUCGUGCUUUCUCUCUCAAAUACUUUUAAAAAUUAAAAGAUUAUCUUUGCAUGGUAUGGUUUAGAAAAUUACCGGUUUAUAAUACACCAUUAAUCUGUAAAUCACUGAGGAAUCAAAAUCCCCGUGGCAGCAAGUUCUUAGGUUUAUGGAUCACUGUCAAGAAAGGGUUAACACUACACGAGUGAUACAGGAUAAACCAGCUGUGCUGCCAAACAGCAAGAAACACUGACCACCAAUAUAUUCAGCAUGGCUGUGGGAAAUAUGUAUGAGUCAGAGGUGAGCUCACUGCAGCUUAUUAAAAUCAAAGAUAUAAGCAUGAGGUUUGGCUAAUGGGGAGCCCUGUCCCAGAGGACUAACGAAGCAAACUCCCAAAGGCUAUCUGGGCUUAAAUACAGAAAUAGAA